UUUCCUUCAUCUUUGCCGUACACUUUCUCAAGUCUCUAUACUGUUUCAUUCACUUCUCGACUUUAUCUAGUUGACCCUCUUCAUUUUUCUCUCUUGAUACAAGAAGAUGAUUUAGUUUCAGCCCCUGGACUCUGUAUAAAGUGGUCUUGAGUUAGUCUGUGCUUAUAAUUUCUUGCCAGUAGGAAAUUGGAUUUCAUUCAUCAGCGUCUUUUAAACACAACUCCAUGCGCAAUCUCAAACUAGGAGUAGAGGUUGUUAGUGCCCACAACCUUGCACCAAAAGAUGGCCAAGGCUCAUCUAAUGCCUUUGUGGAGCUUCACUUUGAUCAUCAGAGAUUUCGCACCACUGUCAAGGAGAAGGAUCUUGACCCUGUUUGGAAUGAGUCUUUCUAUUUUAACAUCUCCAAUCCAGAAAACCUAUCCAAUCUCACCCUUGAGGCCCAUGUCUACAGCAACGGUAAAGCCAACAACUCUAAAUCUUCACUUGGCAAAGUUUGCAUAACAGGGACAUCGUUCGUGGCUUACUCAGAUGCUGUUGUUUUGCAUUACCCUCUUGAGAAACGAGGCAUUUUCUCCCGUGUUAAAGGUGAGCUCGGGCUUAAGGUAUUCCUCACUGAUGAUCCAUCCAUUAAGUCCUUUAAUCCAGUUCCUACAAUGGAGCCAUUCUCGCAUACAAAUUCAUUAUCAGCUCAAGCUCAAGCAACUGUCCAACAAGAACAGAAUUUGGAUCAGGAUUGGUCGUUGAAGGAGAAAGACGAGUCAAUACGCACAUUCCACCAUCCGGAAAAUCCAAAGCAGCAGCAGCAACAGUACCAACAACAACAACAGUAUAUCCCUACUGCUACCGUGCAACAACCAAUGAGAUAUGGUGUUGAUGAAAUGAGAUCUGCACCUCCCGCUUCCAAUAUUGGUUUCAUGUCCUCGGGUUCUUCAUCACAACCAAUGGAAUAUGCACUGAAAGAGACUAGCCCUUUUCUUGGAGGGGGUAGAGUUAUUGGGGGUCGAGUGAUACGUGCAAACAAGCCAGCUAGUACUUAUGAUCUUGUUGAACCAAUGCAGUUCCUUUUUGUACGAGUAGUAAAAGCACGCGAGCUUCCUAACAUGGAUGUUACAGGUAGCCUUGAUCCUUAUGUGGAAGUACGAGUAGGAAACUAUAAAGGAGUAACAUCGUACUUCUCCAAAACACAUAAACCGGAAUGGAAUACUGUGUUUUCGUUCUCACGGGAGAGAGUACAAACAUCUACCCUGGAAGUCGUAGUUAAGGAUAAAGAUUUGUUAAAAGACGAUUUUGUAGGGAUUGUGCUAAUUGAUGUUAAUGAUGUUCCUACCCGAGUUCCCCCAGACAGUCCACUGGCACCAGAAUGGUAUCGCCUAGAAGAUAAGAAGGGACGGAAAAUCAAUGGAGAACUGAUGCUUGCUGUCUGGAUCGGAACACAAGCUGAUGAGGCUUUUCCUGAUGCUUGGCAUUCAGAUGCUGCUAUACCUGUUGAUAGUUCCAUGCCAUCUACCCAAAUCCGCUCUAAAGUGUACCACUCACCAAGACUAUGGUAUGUUCGUGUGAACGUAAUUGAAGUUCAGGACCUGGUUUUGUCCAAUAAGACUCGGUUCCCGGAUGUAUAUGUCAAAGUACAGAUAGGUAGCCAGGUUCUGAAAACAAAGCCAAUUCAAGCACGUUCUGUUCAUGCAGUGUGGAAUGAGGACAUGAUGUUUGUUGCUGCUGAACCCUUUGAAGAUCAUGUUGUGCUUUCAGUUGAAGAACGUGUUGGUCCCAACAAAGAUGAAAUUUUUGGAAGGGUCAUUAUACCAUUGAACUCAGUUGAAAAGCGGGCUGAUGAUAGAAUGAUUCAUGCUCGAUGGUUCAGUCUCCAAAAACCGAGUAUAACUGAUGUUGAAGAGAUAAAGAAGGAAAAAUUUGCUACAAGGCUCAACCUUAGAGUUUGCCUUGACGGAGGGUAUCAUGUACUUGACGAAUCCACUCACCACAGCAGUGAUCUCCGACCAACAGCUAAACAGCUGUGGAAGCCUCCAAUAGGUCUUCUAGAACUCGGCAUUUUAAAUGCUGAUGGUCUCCACCCUAUGAAAACCAGAGACAAAAGGGGCACAUCAGAUACAUAUUGUGUAGCCAAGUAUGGCCACAAAUGGAUUCGGACCCGAACAAUCAAUGACAGCCUAAAUCCAAAAUAUAAUGAGCAAUAUUCUUGGGAUGUUUAUGAUCUGGCAACUGUUCUCACUGUAGGUGUUUUUGAUAACAGUCAGCUUACUGAGAAUGGUUCAAGUGGAACCAGAGAUAUGAAAAUAGGUAAGGUUCGCAUUAGGCUCUCUACCCUUGAAACUAGCCGUGUAUAUACACACUCGUAUCCUUUGUUAGUCCUUCAUCCCUCUGGUGUGAAGAAGAUGGGGGAAUUACAUCUAGCUAUCCGGUUUUCAAGCACAUCUAUGAUCAACAUGAUGUGUAUGUACUCGCGUCCCCUUUUACCAAAAAUGCAUUAUGUGAGGCCCUUGACAGUGAUGCAGCAAGACAUGCUUCGACACCAUGCUGUUAACAUAGUGGCAGCUAGGCUCAGGCGUGCUGAACCACCACUUCGGCAAGAAAUAGUUGAAUACAUGACUGAUGCUGAUUCACAUCUCUGGAGCAUGAGGCGAAGCAAGGCAAACUUUUUCCGCUUGAUCUCAGUUUUUAAUGGAUUGUUUGCUGUUAGUAAAUGGUUUGGAGAGGUUUCUUUGUGGAGGAAUCCUGUCACGACGAUACUAGUACAUGCUCUCUUUCUAAUGCUCGUGUAUUAUCCGGAAAUGAUUCUUCCAACAGUGUUUCUAUACAUGUUUAUUAUAGGACUGUGGAACUACCGGUUUCGGGAAAGAUACCCGCCUCACAUGAACACAAGAAUCUCUUAUGCCGAUUCAGUACACCAGGAUGAACUUGAUGAGGAAUUCGACACAUUUCCUACAUCUCGAAGCUCAGACCUUGUCCGAAUGAGGUAUGAUCGCCUAAGGAGUGUGGCUGGACGGAUUCAGAGUGUGGUUGGUGACAUAGCAAGCCAAGGGGAACGUGUGCAAGCACUUCUCAGUUGGCGGGAUCCACGAGCCACCAUCAUAUUUCUAACAUUUUGUUUAGUAGCUGCCAUGGUGUUGUAUGUAACUCCUUUCCAAGUACUAGCUGCGUUUGCUGGAUUAUAUGUCAUGAGGCAUCCUUGGUUUCGUCAUAAGUUGCCAUCCGCGCCACUCAAUUUUUUUCGUCGGUUGCCUGCCAGGACUGACAGCAUGUUAUAAUUCAUCAGCGUACAAAAUUUUGUCAAGCACCGGUUUCAGGUUUGUUUGUAAGUGGUUUCAAACAUCUGUUCAAUUGCAUCUUCUGUAAUCUUUGCUAACUGGUUUAUGGAUGUACAAAGUGUAUAAAGAUCGAUGCCUGUAGCAGGAGGAUGUGUUCAUGUUACUAUUGUAAAUUUCUAAAAUACAAUGU